AUGUGGCAUCUUCCAGGCAGCCUUGCCCCUCAACCCUUAUUUUGGAGCCUUGUCUUCUUUGGUUCGCCUUUUUUUGAAUUCCCUCCCAUCCAGAACGGGGACCCGUGUAAUUAUAAUGAUGCUGCAAAGGCUUUCAUUACCCAGGCUAUAUACAACGGCGAUGGUGAAUACAAGGAAGAUUGCAACAUCACGAAAGCUUUUCAAACAACAGAUUCUUUCAAUACCAAAUUAUGGGACAGCAACGUCGAUCGAUUCAUCGAGUGGCUACAAUGGGGUGGCAGCAGAUCCACCACGGGAGGCUUAUGCUCGCUGGAAGAAUACAAAGAGUGCAUCACAUCUCCAUACUGGAUCGCCGGAAAAGCAGCCGCUCAAGCUAGCGGCGAAUGGAGCAACCCCAGCCUAGAAAUGUUCCAACAUUUCCUCAAACUGUCUGCCCUAGGAGCCAGCGACACAGAAAUCCAGUCCAUCUACACCACCGUCACCACGCCUAGCGACGACUCCCCACAGUCCAUCGACCCCAGUGCCUUCAACGACAUUACCCCGGACAAGUGGAGGUCGUAUCGCGGGUACCUAGUUCCUGGGAAGAUCAGUACAGGUGACUUCAGGAUAUCCGUGGGCCAGACGUAUGAAUAUUACAAAAUGAUGGCCUCCUACCCGACAAUAGCGUAUGCAGAUCAUGAUUUCUUGAAAGAUGCGGGGUAUUACAAGUGA